CUUCGCCUUUUGUUCGGUUAGUGAGUUGCUGUCUUGGCCAGAGUCCGGAGCAGCCACCGCCCGAGUGUGCUGAGCUCAGUUCGCAGCCCGCGCCGGCUCCCAUCCCGGCCCGAUCCCUACCCAGCCCGGCCAGGCUCCAAACGCAGGUGCGGACGAUCGAGGCAGCAGCCACCAUGGACGUGAUGAACCUCAUCGAACAACCCAUCAAGGUGACCGAGUGGCAACAGACGUACACCUACGACUCGGGCAUCCACUCGGGGGUCAAUACCUGCGUGCCCUCGGUCAGCAGCAAAGGCAUCACGGAGGAGGACGAGGCCUGUGGGCGCCAGUACAUGCUCAAGAAGACCACCACCUACACCCAGGCGGUGCCCCAGAGCCAAGGUGACCUGGAUUACCAGAUGUCCACGACAGCCAGAGCCAAGCGGGUGCGGGAGGCCAUGUGUCCUGGUGUGACAGGAGAGGACAGCUCCCUGCUGGUCACCCAGGUGGAGGGACAGACCACCAACCUGCAGCGGCUGGCUGAGCCAUCCCAGCUCCUGAAGUCGGCCAUUGUGCAUCUCAUCAACUACCAGGACGACGCCGAGCUGGCCACCCGGGCCCUUCCUGAGCUCACCAAACUGCUCAACGAUGAGGACCCGGUGGUGGUGACCAAGGCGGCCAUGAUCGUGAACCAGCUGUCGAAGAAGGAGGCGUCUCGGCGGGCGCUGAUGGGCUCGCCCCAGCUGGUAGCAGCCGUCGUGCGCACCAUGCAGAACACCAGCGACCUGGACACAGCCCGCUGUACCACCAGCAUCCUUCACAACCUCUCCCACCACCGCGAGGGGCUGCUUGCCAUCUUCAAGUCGGGCGGCAUCCCUGCCCUGGUCCGCAUGCUCAGCUCCCCCGUGGAGUCGGUCCUUUUCUACGCCAUCACCACGCUGCACAACCUGCUGCUCUACCAGGAGGGCGCCAAGAUGGCGGUGCGCCUGGCAGACGGGCUGCAGAAGAUGGUGCCCCUGCUCAACAAGAACAACCCCAAGUUCCUGGCCAUCACCACCGACUGCCUGCAGCUCCUGGCCUACGGCAACCAGGAGAGCAAGCUCAUCAUCCUGGCCAACGGAGGACCCCAGGCUCUCGUGCACAUCAUGCGCAACUACAGUUACGAGAAGCUGCUCUGGACCACCAGCCGUGUGCUCAAGGUGCUGUCCGUGUGUCCCAGCAAUAAGCCCGCUAUCGUGGAGGCUGGUGGGAUGCAGGCCCUGGGCAAACACCUGACGAGCAACAGCCCCCGCCUCGUGCAGAACUGCCUCUGGACCCUGCGCAACCUCUCGGACGUGGCCACCAAGCAGGAGGGCCUGGAGAGUGUGCUGAAGAUUCUGGUGAACCAGCUGAGCGUGGACGACGUCAAUGUCCUCACCUGUGCCACGGGCACUCUGUCCAACCUGACCUGCAACAACAGCAAGAAUAAGACGCUGGUGACGCAGAACAGCGGCGUGGAGGCGCUCAUCCAUGCCAUCCUGUGCGCGGGUGACAAGGAUGACAUCACAGAGCCCGCCAUCUGUGCCCUGCGCCACCUCACCAGCCGCCACCCCGAGGCCGAGAUGGCUCAGAACUCCGUGCGCCUCAACUACGGCAUCCCGGCCAUCGUCAAGCUGCUCAACCAGCCCAACCAGUGGCCACUGGUCAAGGCAACCAUCGGCCUGAUCAGGAAUCUGGGCCUGUGCCCAGCCAACCAUGCCCCACUGCAGGAGGCAGCGGUCAUUCCCCGCCUCGUCCAGCUGCUGGUCAAGGCCCACCAGGAUGCCCAACGCCACAUGGCUGCAGGCACACAGCAGCCCUACACGGAUGGCGUGAGGAUGGAGGAGAUCGUGGAAGGCUGCACCGGGGCCCUGCACAUCCUCGCCCGGGAUCCCAUGAACCGCAUGGAGAUCUUCCGACUCAACACCAUCCCCCUGUUUGUGCAGCUCCUGUACUCCUCAGUGGAGAACAUCCAGCGUGUGGCCGCUGGGGUGCUGUGCGAGCUGGCCCAGGACAAGGAGGCGGCCGACACCAUUGAUGCUGAGGGGGCCUCAGCCCCACUCAUGGAGCUACUGCACUCCCACAAUGAGGGCACCGCCACCUACGCUGCUGCCGUCUUGUUCCGCAUCUCCGAGGACAAGAACCCAGAUUACCGUAAACGUGUGUCUGUGGAGCUCACCAACUCCCUCUUCAAGCAUGACCCUGCAGCCUGGGAGGCUGCCCAGAGCAUGAUCCCCAUUAAUGAACCCUACGCAGAUGACAUGGAUGCCACCUACCGCCCCAUGUACUCGAGUGACAUGCCCCUGGACCCCCUGGAGAUGCACAUGGACAUGGACGGGGACUACCCCAUUGACACCUACAGCGACGGCCUCAGGCCCCCCUACCCCACUGCGGACCACAUGCUGGCCUAGCUGCCUGGACCCUAGUAUGGCGACCCCUCCCCGCCCUGCUUUGCAGCUCUCCCUUCCCCCUGUGGGCUGCUGAGACUCGGGCUUUCCCUUCCCUUCAGAACCUCCUUCUCAUGGAGGCCCUCUCACGUUUCCCCUGAAACCCUGGCUCCUUUUUGGGGGGAACAAGUGUGGGGCCUCUCGGUGCUGAGCUCCCCCAGGGAAGGUGUGCCUCGCCUGCCUCAUUCUGUUAUCUUCGCUCGAGGCGAGGAGCCCUGCCCCUUCUACCAUGGUGGCCGGGUUAUGCACGAGCUCCUGCGGGCCACGGGGCUGGCCUGACCCCUCUGUGUCUGCCCCUCCCUCCAGGUGCGGUUCCCCAUCUGAGAGGCUCUCCUCGCAGGCGUUGGGGCGAGAUAGCCAAGUGCCUGAGCCUGGGCAGGAGGGCUGCAACUUCCUGCUGAACCCCGCGCCUUCAGAGGUCCUCUGUAGGGUCUUUCUUGGGAUGGCGAUCUGCUCUUGCUUUUCUGUUCUGGGCUGUGGGUCCAGGGCCCGACACCACCUCCCACCCCCGAGGCCCUGGCACUAAAGCUUUAGACUCGAGGCCCCCACUCUGUCCCCCCUCCUCCUGGGCUGCCCGUCUCCAUAGGGCUGUGGUUCCUUCUCUGGCUGGCUCCGAUUUGGUCACUGAACUCCACCAACUGUACUGAGCCCUGGGGGUCUCCAGGCCCCAGGUUCAAGGCCCAAAGGCCCAGAAUCCAAAGCUUAUCUUGAAAAGUUCAGGGAUCGUCUGACCAGGGGGAUGGGGCGGAGAUACGGAGAGUGCCUCCCCUGCUCCAGGACACGGCCUGCUCCCUCCCCAGGAUGCGCAGUUGGCUUUGGCCCCUCCCGGGGUUAGCAGCUCCCUUGCACCCUGUCCCGCCCACGCAACUGCCCUAGCUGACCCCCUGAGAAGUGCUCUUGGCUGACCCCUCUGGUGUGCGGUGAGGGGCUUUCUCUUCCCCUUCCUGUUUCAGACUCCCCCCACCACCUCCUGCACACGGGUGUGGGGGGCUGGGGAAGGUCCCAGUAGAAAAUUUUAUUAUUAUCGCUUUAUGUUUUUGGUUAUUGGUUUUUUUUGUAUAGACCAAAGCAAAGAAAAUAAAACUAAGACACAGA